UUUAAGCAAAACCAUGCUUCAUCUUUCAGUUCUUUUUGCUUCUCUUCUUCAAUGGCUUCACCCUUCCUUUUCUUGAUUUGCAUUCUUACCCUCAAUUGUUAUGGUAUUUCCCUUUUGGCCCUUAACGUUCAUGUUGGUGGAGACACGGGCCUCAGUUUGUCUAAAGAAUGCAGCAACAAAUGUGAAUCAUCCUUCUGCAAAGUGCCACCAUUGUUAAGAUAUGGAAAGUAUUGUGGGAUAUUAUACAGUGGAUGCCCGGGAGCAAAGCCUUGUGAUGAACUUGAUGCUUGUUGUAUGAAGCAUGAUGCUUGCAUUUCAGCCAACAACAACAAUUAUUUGAGUGAGGUUUGCAAUCAGGGUCUGCUGGGGUGUGUAGAAAGGUUCAAGAGAGCAGGAAGCAAGACAUUCAAGGGCAACACAUGUGACGUUGAUGACGUCACCACCACCAUUAGUGCUGUCAUGGAUGCAGCAAUUCUUGCAGGCAGAUAUAUUCAUAAACCAUAAUAUUGAAUGCAAAACCUAUUAAUUCUCAUAAAACAUGAAUAUGAUUUGGCGUGGCAUGGCGUAUUCGUCCACGAAUUGUGGAUUGUGUUGAUUAGUGCAUUUUUAUAUUGUAUUAGCUAGACCAAAUUUGGAUAGAAAUGACAAAAGAAUGAAUAUUCUUUCCACAA